AUGGAUCAAUAUAUAGAGUUACCAUUACUAGUACAAAAGAAGAUAGUACAGUUUGCAAUCGAUGACAGUUGUCGUGAUAAGUUAUGGACUGUUAACAUGUUGUGCCUAUCAAAGAGAUGGUUGGUGAUCAUCAAAGAUAUGAUACAACAUUUGAACACAUAUUAUAGACUCUCACCUCUAGUAGUUGAAUCAAUAGACAAGUUCUACAGUCUAUUGAAUAACAGAAAUGAUGCAACAGUGGCUGUAUCAAACAUACUCAAACGAUAUAGAUUGGAUAUCUCUGGAUGUUCACUCAAGCAUUUCACUAAAGAGUUCGAGGGACUAAUUACAAAGACCAACCUUGGACAUGUAAAGAUGAUAGUGGACAAGUAUACAACAUGGAAAUGUGUUCAACAGAUGGUACUAUAUCUAAACACUCGUUGGCAAUCAAGAAUCACAUCAUUAUCAAUCAAAUAUCGAUUCAAGAUGGUGGAUGAAAUACUUGAUCCAAAGGUAUACAAGUCAUUUGCUGAUUUGAUACCAUUGAUCAAGCCACCUCUACGACGCUAUAUCGUACCAAGAGAGAAGCAACAAAGUUCAGUGUCUUCAUCGGGAGCAAUUGGACCAAGUGAUUAUUACACGAGGCUAUUGAUGGCACACAAGAGCUCACUCGAUGGACUGCACAUGCUGUGUGAUCAUGCUGUUGUGAGACCUACAUUGAUGCCAUACUCAUCAAUGUUCACUACACUAUCAAGUAGAUUGGUAUAUCUAUCAAUCGAAUGCACAGCUCCAAUGGACUUUACAUUCAUCAAUCAACUCUCUGCACUUCGUAAGCUUAGACUUGGUUUGGCACCAAAUCCAUUUAACAAAGAUGAGACGAUCAGACUGUUUGCGGACGCCUAUUCUACCAACAAAACAAUCAGAUCAAUCAAGCUAACUGUAAUAGUAGCGGGCGAAGUGGCGGAUAAGAUUGCAUCCAAUGUCAAUCUAGUAAGAUUCAAUGUUGUCCAAGGUCAAUGGUUCUCAGCCAUCAACAAGACACUCAAACAACUCAAGUAUAACCAAUCAUGGGAGAUGAAUGAUCUCGAUCUCGCUCAACCAAUCAAUGAUGUCCAACAAAUGUUCAAGUCAAUUCAAUCGAUUGAAUAU